AUGUCGGUCGCUCUUAGCAAUGUAUCCUUAAAUGGGACAAGCCACCAUGGGAUUAUGGAUAUACCCAAAGAACAAAAACCUUUGAAUCUUUUUCUUUUCUGUUUGACUUUUAUCAUCACAUUCACAACCCUUCUGGGCAGCAUUUAUUCACUGGUGUCUCUGCUGAGAACGCAGAACAAAAGUACCAUCUCCAUGCUUGUGACUUCAUUGACUCUGGAUGAUCUGAUAAGUGUGGUGCCGGUGACGAUCUUCAUGCUCAAGUAUUGGUUAAAUGAAAUGCUUCCACAGACCUUGUGCACAACUUCGGCACUGCUGUACUUAUUUCAGGGCUUUUCAAGCAAUCUGAUGGGAUCUCUUGUAGUUUCUUAUAACUUCUACAGUCUUAGCAAAAUGGGAACCAGCCAAGGAGCCACCAAGAGACCAGUAAGCAUGAUAUGGGCCGUUCUCAUGAUCUGGAUUGUCUGUUUGCUGAUCUGUAUUUUGCCUCUGUGCGGCUGGGGUUGCUAUGCCUCCACCUCUUGGGGAUGCCUUACUGACUGCGACAGCUCUUACAUUUUAUUUCUCUUUAUAAUCUACUUGCUGUGCUUCUGUCUCCUCAUUGUGCUCUCCAUUCCUCUAAUUUAUCAGUUGCUGUGCUCAGAUGAGCAGCAGCAUCUUUAUGAUGAUUAUCAUCAAAUCACCCGAGGUUAUUUCUCUCCUGGGUCACCUCCAAUUGGUGGUCAUCACACACCAGUCCUCUCUCCAGAAGACACUGUGAGUAAAACCUUGAAGCAUUUCCAAGAUGCUUGUCUGAAUGCUGACCCCAAAGUUAGACAAAGUCCAGCGGACCAUUAUGGACUGGAUCGCUACAGCACGCAAGAUGUACCAUACAAUAGCCGGAACCUCACUGUGGAAUUUGCACAGAAGCGCUUUUCGCUGAUUCUGGCUCUGACCAAAGUCACACUUUGGCUCCCAAUGAUGAUACAAAUGGUAGUUCAACACACAGUUGGAUUUCAAAGCUUUUCCUUUGAGAUAUUCAGCUUUCUGCUAACUUUGCUAGCUGUUACUGUCACCCCGGUAUUUGUCUUGUCAGAACACUGGAGCCACCUGCCUUGCGGCUGUAUCAUCAACUGCAGAAGGAAUGACUAUGCAGCAUCCUCAGAAGAAGGCAAGACCAAAAGAAGGGGCUUUGAAUUCAACCUGUCAUUUCAACAAGGCUAUGGAAUCUAUAAGAUAUCUCAUGACAACCACCAUAGUGAUGAUGGCAACUCUAUCUCAUACCACAGCUUGCUCAACUACGACUGUGAGAAUAUCAAAGAAACCCAAAAGGAUUGCAACAAAAUUGAAUUCAGCACCAUCUCCCUUGAGGACAGCUCCAUGCUUAAAGACCACACCAAGUUCAAAAAAACUGUUGGCACAGACACUAAGCAAGACCUUAACAAAGAUAAGUUCACCGAUUGCCUGCUUUCUGACAAAAUAGGAACUUAUAAAAAAGAUGAUGUCAGGAAUAUAGAGAAAUGUGCUUUUUUUGAAGGACAGGAAAGAAGGCUUUCUCAUGAGGAGGGACGAAAACCAGAACUCUCAGACUGGGAGUGGUGCAGAAGUAAAUCGGAGAGGACCCCUCGACAGCGUUCAGGUGGAGCCUUAGCUAUUCCUCUAUGUGCAUUUCAAGGGACCGUCUCUCUCCAUGCGCCCACAGGGAAAACCCUCUCUUUAUCUACAUAUGAGGUAAGCACAGAAGGACAGAAAAUAACACCUACAUCAAAGAAAAUUGAAGUGUAUCGCUCCAAGAGUGUGGGUCAUGAGCCAAACCCUGAGGAUUCUCCAACCACAUUUGCCGACACAAGUGUGAAGAUUCACUUAGAAGUGCUUGAAAUUUGUGACAACGAGGAAGCUAUGGACACAGUGUCAAUCAUCAGUAAUAUCAGCCAGUCGUCUACCCAAGUCCGUUCUCCGUCCUUGCGUUAUUCUCGGAAGGAGAACAGAUUUGUUUCAUGUGAUUUAGGGGAAACAGCUUCCUAUUCACUUUUCAUACCAUCAAACAAUCCUGACAGCGAUAUUAAUAUAUCAAUCCCUGACACUGUGGAAGCCCACAGGCAGAAUAGUAAAAAGCAACAUAUGGAGAAAGAAGGUUAUCAAGAAGAGAUACAAAUGUUAAACAAAGCAUACAGAAAAAGAGAAGAAGGCGGUGCCAACAACUAA